CAACGAAUUGACUAUUUUUGAAUUCCUCUCAUUGAAAAGCUGCGACUUUCAGUCUCUCUUUUCCUCUUCUGGUUUUGACGUCGUCUGUCAAGGAUACGGAUGCUUCAGAUUCGGGUUAUUUGGGAAGUCGUGAGCUUUUGGACUCUCAGAGCAGGUAGUGCACUUCCCCUCCUCUUAGUCUGCCGACAAGCCAACGACUUUCUUGUCACAUUCUUUCUCCUUCCUCGGUUUCUCACCCUAGCCAGGGCUCAGCCAUGUACCGGUGCCGAGAACAACAUCCACUGGGCAUAUCUACAGUACUAGAAGGCCAAUCACUUCCCCAAAUCUCGCGUCCUCCUUCCUUGUCCUUGAAAUCAAACAACGAACCUCUCGCAAAACCCCCUUCGCAAAACAACCGCCCACUCAGAAGUCAGGAAGACAGCCAGAACAUGCAAGGAGCAUGAAAAUUCCACGACUUCCAUGACAAGUCUACACGAAAACAGCCUCCCAAAACACAUGAAACCUCCGAAAUUCCGAGCUCGUUGUCGCAGAUCACGACGAAGACCCACUUGCACCUCGCUUACGGACGCUAAAUAGCUCGCCGAGCCAAAACACCCCCUUUCGCUUCGACGUUUCGUUUCUUUCCACAUGUCCCCCACGCACUUUGCGUGUGCUUCAGCCUCCCUCUGGUUUACAAAGUUCUCACCAUGCAGCAUCAGAAUCUCAUUUACAAGCUCCCCUCAUGAGCUCUAUUCACAGGGACCUGUUGAAAGCAGGUAGAUAAUGAGUGAGCAUACAGAAAAUCCAAGCGAGAGUCAGGGGCUUCCUCCUACCCAGACUUUAAAGAUCAGAUGAGGCGAAACCGCCAUGACACUCUUCGAGCAUCAACACCACGGGCGCGCACGGCUAAGCCUGCCCUCCCACCACUGAAAUCCAUACUUAGAACGAUCGUCAUCACGCCUCACCGAAGAGGAAAUACUCACCUCCCAUUCUCCACAAAAUCAUCAACGUCAACACCCCCAGCAACCCUCUCCUCAACCGCCCAAGACUCCCAGCAAACCUGCGCAUUCACACCUCACGUCCCCCUCCGAACAACCCAAUCCGCCUUCUCAAUCCCCGACUCCGCAUGGCCACUCCUCCGAACCCUCCUAUCCACACACAUCAUCCCUGAGUCCGCAUCGUUAUCACCUCCAUCCUCACCAGAAUCCCAAACCCAAACCCAAGCCUCAACUCAGCAAGACAUCGACCAACAAGAAUUCAUCCUCCACAACUCCGUACAAACGCUCCACCUCCGCGACUUCACCGACGACGCCUCCCUCGAAGGCCUCGUGCUCGGUCUCGUAUUCAGCACCGGCGAGCAAGACGCCUCCUACAAGGAACUCCGCUCGCUACCUGAGAGCGCGCAAGAAGUGCGGAAGAGAGGCGCGGUGAAUGGAGAGGGCGAGCAGGAGCGGAGGAGCUGUAUUGAGGAGGCUGUGAGGAAGGUGGAGGAGGAGAGGGUGAUGGAGGGGGUGUUGGAGUUGGAUGGGCGAGGGGGGACGGUAGGGUUUCUGGUUUAUAGGGUUGAUUGAUUGAUUGAUUUCGGGUAGAGGUUCGGGAUGCGAUGGGGGGAGGCAGAUGACAGCAGCAGAAGCAAAUAGCAAACAACAAGCAGCGAGCACGAAUGUAUGAAAUGCACUGAUCUUUAUUUUCGUCCAACUAUCCGUCGUCAAGCAGACAAGUCAUGCUUUUGUCUGUUCCGACUCUGAUAUCUCUCGUGACUUGACCGACAACAAUACUAGCUGGUUACAUUCGUAUAGGGAGAUAUCGCGCAAUCGAAAUCCACUACUUGUCACAUGAGUGCGCCCAGAAGUCAAGAAAUACUCCAUCUCUCCCCAGCUCAAGUUCAAAUCAAGUAUCAAACAUAGACUUCGCCCCAACUUCCAAAGUCAGUCCAAAAUUUUCGGAGAAUUUUAUUCCCGCAUUUUCCUCUCGGCGGCCUACUCAUGCAGUAUGUAUGCAAGCCUUCAAUACAAGUGCGCAGCGCCGGCAGGAGUGCAGGUCCCAAGAGUGUCCUCCUUAGACUGCAUACCUUGGGUUGCAUAGCUGCAUCUGGGGAGCAUGAGGAGUGCGUUCUCGUUGGCUCGGGUAGCUAGACUAAUGAGGUAACUUGUUUGGGUACAUGAUUUAGUCUGCUGUGUGAUGGUGUCUAGACUGCAAACAGGUCGUGAGCCAACUGAGAGCUACUAUAGAACUUGCAUGCGUAACGGAAUACUCAGCAAUCGGCAACGCCAAAUGCUACACUCCUUUCUCUUGCACAUGCUGGACUGGCACUUGCCGAUGUCAGGUUGCGAACUUUCACGUGGAAUACAAUAUCACAGGAGUAUCUAAAAAAAUGGAUCACACACAAGGCAGAUAAAAAUAAGUGAUAGAUGGAACAGAUAUUUCGUCAUGAUUGAACAACACAGACAGCUUUUAUUUCUCUCAUAAAGUCGUUCAGUACAUAAAGAAGCCAGUGGUCGAUCAACUAGCUAGCUGGUCGAAGUCGAGGUCGUUUGUUUCGGUUAGAUUCGGUAGAGAAGAAAGGAGACAAAAGUAGUAGAGCUGUAGCCAACAGAAGAAAAUAACAAACAGCCAGGAGAGUCAUAAGGGUCAUCAUAAAGUGUAAUCGACUCAAGGAAACAAAUGACAAGUCGAGGGAGACGAAAAUGCACUGGUCGGGGAAAGCAUCCGAGUUUGGGCGUCUGAAUCAUCAAGACAGCGCCAGCUCGGUUUCCCUCAAACGCGUCUGGGGAUCAUAACAGACGUUUUAGCCAUCUCGCCCUCUGUACUCCUCCGUUAAUUCCCACGCCUAGAGUCCCAGGCACGCCACGUCACGCCGCCGAACAAAAAGACAACGCUUGCAAUGUAGUAUAUGGGUUGGAAAUCGUCUCGUGUGGAUCGUUCCCGGUUCAUUUCCUUGCAGACUGCGUAAAAGGGUUUCAUCAGGCCGUGUGAAGAGGAAGAGGAGCCCAGAAAGAUAGGACGAGCCGUGUCAGCCAUCCAUCUCAAGGCUCCCCAUGGUUUUCUUCGGAAUAGACAUCAAUCAAAGUCGUAAAUCUCGUCGUGUGAAGUAGAACAAUAUGCCGAGUUUGGUAGUUUCAGCCAGUACAAGAACAAUCGUGAAAAGGAAAGGAAAACAAUUUUGAUCUUUGGCAAUGAAUGUGGUGUUUGGAGGGCUUUUAUGUUCGAAGGCUGGAGCCACAAGGCUUUUGUGGGCAAAAAGUGACUCGGGAGCCCAUGUGGCCUUGGUUCCCGACCAGUCAAGAAUGUGCAGAAAUCUGACAAGAAACGUGGGGGGUUAUCGCCGUCUCUGGGUGAUAGUCGAUCGAGCUCUGUUCAAAGGGGCGGCAUCGUAGCUUGGGGGUCCUGAGACGGAUCCUUCACGGAUCGUCUUUCUCCUCUUCAAGUCAAUGUCUCCACCUGGUCCUCUACUGGAAGGUCUGUCAUCUUCGUCAUCCCUUCCGCGCUUGUUGCUCGCAGGAACACCGUUCAUGACAGGUUGUUGGGCUGCAUAGCCGUUCGGUAUCGAAUUGCUCAUGUCCGAUUGAGGCGCAUAAACAUCACCUCCAGUACUGCCAUUUGCGGUUCCACGCUCACUGCUCAUUACAUUAUACAGAUUACUGGAAGGUGGCUGGGCUCGUGGAGGUGUGUUGUACCCUUGUUGUUGGGUGUAGUAUGGCUGAGGAGCAGACGCCGUUCUUGGCGUUGCUCGUCCAGAUGCUGGGUGGUUGGGGGACCCAGUCAUUUCGGGGGAGAGGUGUGCAUGUUCUCCAGGCAAGGCUCCAACUGCUGGUCCGUUGGAGUAGCUGUAUGAUCCUCGGUUCGAAUCAUAAUUUGUAGGGUUGCCAUGGGUGUACUCUGACUCGUGCUCAUGGUCUGCUUCAUCUUCAGCCUGGCUGUGACCAACCUGACCUUGAGGUUGAUUGUGGUGGAUCAUACCGUUUUGGCUAUCUUUGGGAUCAUGAUGCUCUGCUUCAGAUCCUGGAGCUCUUGCAGUUGGGGGACCCAUUUCGUUCUUGAUGUACGAACUUGGCUGCGAGUAGCGGAUGUUUUGCUGAUCAGGCGCAGAUUGAGGGUACGAGUUUUGCUGAGGUGGAGGCGCGGAGUACAUCUGCCUCGAAGUAUCGUAUGGCUGUUGCGAGCUCUGCUGGUAUUGUUGCAUGCUCUGGAUUGUGGUUCCAGGUGGGGUCGUCGCU